AUGCUCGCACGCACGUAUGCACCCUCUCGAGCACUUCUGAGGGCCCUUUCCCGGCCUCAUCCCAUAACAUGUCCUUUAUCCCGCCCUUUGCCAGUGUGCCUUCAACGCGGAAAGCGCACCAAAGCCGCCGAGCCCGACGAGUCGAAGCACGAUGCGACGACUGAAUCUAAGCCUUCGCUACUCGGCCGACUCAAAGGUUCAAGAUCCAUUUUUGAGAAUGACGCGAAAAUGGACAGAGCCAUGCGUCCGCUGUCCGAUGCCGAACUCGAACGCGACGAUCUGCCCGUCAUCAACUGGUAUGAGCAGGAUUUGGACAAAGGCACGCCACAGCGUCUCAUUGAGCGUAUAGCCACGCCGGAAGAUCGCAAGAAAGACAAAGACAUGUAUAUGAUGAUCGAGGAGUCGCAGAAGAACCCCGAUUACGACGAUGCGAUGCUGAACCGGCGGCUUAUCGACAGCUUACUAUCCAACCCAAACUUCGCCGAAUUAACACACGAACUCAAGGAUAUUAAGGAGGGCAUCAAGUCGAGGGAAGAGCUUCAGCAAUUGCAAGAGCAGGACGCCAUCGAGGCAGAGGCAGAAAGCAAAAAAUUCGACGCCAGCCUACGCAUGGCAACCCUCCAAAUACUACAAGAUAUCGUCAGGGACCCGGAUAUUGGACACGCAAAGGCCGACCUCCAAGAGUGCAUCGACAAGAUGCAAGAGGUGGACGACAUGGACAACCCGGAUUUCCAGGCCAUGCUUAAGAAGGCAAUGGAUAAACUCGAGGGCAAUGAAGCUAUGCAGAAGAAGGCUGCCACUAUGAGCGGAGGUCUCGAUGGCCCGGAAUUGGACACCGAAUGGGAAGAGUAUCAGAGAGACACCGAGGACGCCAUUGCUGAAGCCGAAGCCCCAGAUGAUGAUCUUGCCAUGGUAACACACGAGGACAUGCAGGACGUGGACAAGCUCUUACACCAGAUGCGGGACGUCAUGAAGUCGCUAGGUGGCGGCAGCGGCCUUGAAGCUGAACUUGAUGCAGCGCUCAAUGAAGACUCUACGCCAGGUCAAGAUCAAGAAGGUGUAUUCGAACGCGAGAUGGACCCUCAAGAAUUAGCGGAGGAGUUGAAGAAGCUCGCUGAAUCCAAGGCAUCGCAACCUCAAGAGCUUGUGGAGGACGAAGAAGAUGUUCCCGCUGAGCUACAAGCCAAGGUCGACGAGAUUAUGAAAGAUCCCAAGCUGAUGGAGAAGCUUAUGUACAUUCAAAAACUCAUCUCAGAGAACAAGCAACAGCAAGGUGAUCUAACCACCAUUGCGCACGAUACUGCACCCGAUCCCUACCAACUCGAAGACAGCCGCACCGCGACGCUCAAAGAGCGUAUGGCCGCCGCGCUCCAGGAUCCAGAACACUCCGCCGCCCUUCAACAACUUCGCGUCCACCUGCCCCCACCGUUUAACAUUUCGCCUGCCCUGAAAUCUUUCAACAAAGCCAUUGAGCUCGCAUAUAUCGGCGCAAAUGACGACAUCCGCCGGAUCCUCUGGCGAUCGUACCAGAAAGCGCGAUCUUUGCCUACAUUUCUCCAGAGUAUCAGUGACGAGGCCUGGGACAUACUGUACUAUUCUCAGGCGGUGACAUGGGGUAGCAAUCAGAACCGUGAGAACCACCUCAGGAUGUUACUGGCGGACCUCAAGAGCUUAGGACGAGACGGGCCACCUACGCAUCCUAGUUCACUUGUUGGUGGAGGUGUUGAGCAGCUAGACUCAUGA